UUUGGGGGCGGAGCUAAAGUCCGGAGGCGCAAGGCUGGAGGGGACCGCCUGGAGAAGGCACGUGACCUGGGUCUGGAGCCGGAAGCUACCUAUCUGAAAGGGAGCGCCCCCAGCACCUAAGGCUGCGAUGACUUCUGCACUGACCCAGGGGCUGGAGAGAAUCCCAGACCAGCUCGGCUACCUGGUUUUGAGUGAAGGCGCAGUGCUGGCGUCAUCUGGGGAUCUAGAGAAUGACGAGCAGGCAGCCAGUGCUAUCUCUGAGCUGGUCAGCACGGCCUGUGGGUUCCGGUUGCACCACAGCACGAACAUACCCUUCAAGCGCCUAUCGGUGGUCUUUGGAGAACACACGCUGCUGGUGACCGUGUCAGGACAGAGGGUAUUUGUGGUGAAGAGGCAGAACCGAGGCCGGGAGCCUGUUGACGUCUGAGCCUGCCAGAGGGCAAGGGGCAGAGGUGGAUUGGGUCCAUGAGCCUCUGUGAUGAGGAAGACGCAAACCUCCUCCACCUCUUUCUUGGCUUGCUGCUAGAACUAAGGCUUUCUGCUCACCCACUGCCCCACCCCUACCUGGAAGGGCAGAGGCUUGGGGACUUUGCACUGUGUCAAGGAGAGUGAGGGCAAGGGGAUCUCCCUCUUCCCUCCCUCCCUCCUAAUAAACAUGAGUUUGAUGCUCCCA